UCAAAGUACAAACAAGUUCCUCCACUUCCAGAACCUUCAACACAACAACAAAGCGACGCGUGCUCACUAGCUCCGAAACCAUCUCUCUCUAUAUCUGAUUCUUCUGAAGCGCCCAUGUCUAGGAAUCCCAGCAAGCAUGGCCGUGAUCAAGCUAUGGAUUUCCAGGGGUUUUUGAAUGACUUGCAGGAUUGGGAGCUUUCUCUCAAGGACAAAGACAAGAAGAUGAAGCCUCAAGCUCCUCAGAAGGAAAAAUCGGUUUCUUCUCGGAACAUUGGAAAAACUCCCUCAGUCGAUUAUUUGAGUAAUUCAGGACAAUUUGAUUACAUGAGGAACUAUGGAGUUGAUUCUACAUCAACUAGCCUCAUGACUGAAGAGAGUUUUCCUGAUGCUACUUCAGAGAAAGAACUGGGCAAUGAGUAUUUUAAACAGAAGAAGUUUAAGGAAGCUAGCGAAUGUUAUUCAAGAAGCAUUGCCUUUUCACCAACAGCAGUGGCUUAUGCAAAUAGGGCGAUGGCCUAUCUCAAAAUCAGAAGAUUCCAAGAGGCUGAGGAUGAUUGUACAGAGGCCUUGAACUUAGAUGAUCGCUACAUAAAAGCAUACUCACGUCGAGCUACAGCUAGAAAAGAACUUGGGAAAUAUAAAGAAUGCUUUGAGGAUGCUGAGUUUGCCCUGAGGUUGGAGCCUGACAACCAAGAAAUUAAGAAGCAGUACACUGAGGCCAGAUCAUUGUAUGACAAAGAGAUUCUUCAGAAGGUGUCUGGACCACCAAGAAGUUCUGGGCAAGGAAUGCAGAAAGUAGUAAGUUCGAGGAGCAAGGUUAAUGGACAUAGUGUUCAUCCAGGACCAAAUAAUAUUCAAAGGUCAGGAGUGUCUACCGUUCAAGAUCACACCAAGGACAAUGUUGAACAGUUUCCUGGGAGGGCAUCUGUGGAGGAAAGAGAUAACAAAAGUGUGAAUUCUGUUAGUAGAAUAGAAGAACAAGAAGUUGAUGGCUCUCGUCUAGUUGCUAGUCAGAGUUCAAAAGUGAACAGCAUUAAGAAAAAUCACAGAACAGGAAAGCAAGAGCUGAUGAAGUCAGUGCAAGAGCUUGCUUCUCAAGCAGCUUCUCGAGCCAAGGCUGAAGCUGCAAAAAACAUCACACCACCAAAGUCGGCUUAUCAAUUUGAGGCUUCUUGGCGGGAACUCUCUGAUGACCAUGCUCUCCAGGCUCGUUUAUUGAAGGCUGUAUCUCCAACUGCAUUGCCACAGAUAUUCAAAAAUGCUUUGUCUGCUUCCCUACUAGUUGACAUUAUUAAAUGUGUUGCCACCUUUUUCACUGAAGAAAUGGAUCUGGCUAUCAGAUACAUAGAAAACUUAACCAAUGUCUCAAGAUUUGACUUGCUCAUCAUGUGCCUUUCAUCUACAGAUAGAGAUGAUCUCCACAAGAUUUGGGAUGAAGUAUUUUGUAGCGAGGCAACGCCAAUUGAGUAUGCGGAGAUGCUUGAUAAACUUCGUUCAAGAUAUUGCCUCAACCGGUGACAGGCAUGUUCUAAAAGAGAUCUUAGGGAUGGUCUUUGUGCUAUCACAUUUUCAUUUUUUGUCCUCAGCCAUCAUAAUCCUAAAUCACUUAAUUAAAUGUUGAAAUAGUGGUCCGACCUUCAUAAAAACAAUCCAUGAAGGUCUGAAAUAUGUUCUUUUUCAUCUGGUUUGUUUACAUGAUCCCUUCAGGUCACGGCUAUGAUCCAUUGAUCCGAGUUUGUGCAUGUGUACAUAGGUAAUUGAUUUUGAUGACAUAUUAAGCCUUGAUAUUACAAUCUCCAUUAUCUUAUCCAUUAUUACAAUAA